CUUCCUUAGCUCCCUUAUGUUCCAACACCCCUCCUACUCAUCACAUUUCUAUCGAAAUCAUCGAGAAAUCUAUCAUGGCAAAAUUCAUGAAUAAUCACAGUAGUAAUUACGGCCAGAUGGGGCGUCUUAAUCAAGAAUCCACCGUCUUGGCCAGCUGCUACUCUGUUGAAUCAUCAUCCACCAAGGUUCAGGGCUUCCACUACUGCAGUACCCUGGGUGCCGGAGCACAGUGGUAUCCCUGA